AGCCGGGCGUAGCAGUAUGUGUCACUGUGACAGCAGCAUGCAAGUGGUGUAUGGGUGACCUGGUGCUGUGCAGGACGUGGUAGGGUUCACAUCCACGUACUCCAUCCCUCCAUGUUACUUCACUAUACAUUAUUGUGGAUUGUGAGCAGCCAUGCCUUUUCUCGAUCUUCAGAAUAAAAUUGGGAUCGAUAUCGACAAAUGGAUGCUGUUGCAGAGCUCCAAGCAACCUUUAUGCCAGGCUGGUCGUUGCCAUUCCUUUGAGAAAGACUGGGUAGAGUGUGUACAUGGCAUUGGAGCCAUCCGGGCUCAGAAAGAGUGCAAGGUGGAGUUUGAAGACUUUCUCGAGUGUAUGCACAGAACCAAGACGUUAGAACGCCUAGAUGCCAUCAGAGAACAGAAGAAAAAGUUGGAGAAAGAAGGAAAAUACAAAGCUCCAGAUUUCAGUGAAGACAAAAAUACCCCUUAAUAUCGUCCAAGGAACAACUGUCACGUCAUUAGUUUUUUUGUCUUGCAGCAAGUCAUUAUUCUGAAGCAUCCAAGGUGCCACUAGAUAAUAAUAAUAAAGUGUUCACAUAA